AUGUCGGACUCUUCCGGUUUUCAGAAUGGGGGAAUUUCUCUGCGUCCCCAGGAUGUCAAGAAGUCUCGAGGUAGUAUCUCGUCUCAUUCUCCCCUUCUUACGUGUGAGCCCUUCCAGGACCCUUCCAAGCCGAUGGGAUAUGGCCGAGGUGUCGAGGCUCCUGGCGGAAAGUGGAAGGUAGGCCGGGGAGCCGGCGCAGGUGCAGGCGUAGGCGGAGGCAUAGGCGGAGGCGGCAUUUCCGCGGGGGGGGUAGCAGGCGCGCCGCCGGACGAGGCGAAGCGGGAGCGUGACUGGUGGCGCAGCGCGGGCAUGGAGCGCGACAGGGCGAGCGACCGCUGGGGAGAGGAUGAGCGCGAGCGCGAGAGCGUGGCGGGGAAGCCGCGCAACGAUCCCCGCUGGGGAUCCAUACACGUCCCCCCGUUGGGGGGGGAGAGCGGAAAGGAGGCGGGGGAGGGGGGCGGGUACGUUAAGAAGGAGCGCUGGGUGGAUCCGCCGGGGAUGGGCGCUCCCCGCCCAGGGCUUGGCGCGGGAGCGGAGGGGGGGAGUGUAGAUUACCGCAAGGAGCGUUGGGCGGAUAGCGGUACGCGAAGCUUCGACCAACGCCGCGAGACUAAGUGGGGAUCGCGCUGGGGCAGCGCGGAGGAGAAGGACAAAGAGAAGGACAAAAGCGUUGUUCACAGCGAGAGCUGGGGGGAGAAAAGCGGGCAUGGCGGAGGCGGGUUGCGUGAGCGUGGAACGCCGGAGUCCGCGCAGGGCGGGGGAAGUGCGCGCUGGGCACUGCCGGGGGAGAAGGAAUCGGACAAACCUAGGGAAUACGAGAGAAGCCGCCCCGCGAUCGGCGCUCGAGACAGCGACAGGGGGAAAGAGGCGGACAAAGAUGGCGGAGGGGCUGUUGGGGCUGGGGCGGGCGGGGCGGCGGGUCCCGGGGGCGGUAGCUCCGGCGGAGCCGGGGGCGGAAGCUGGACUAGAGACACUACCGCGGGGAGGUCAGAGACGGGGGGAAAGUGGCGCCCGCAGUCGAUCGCGGGACGGGGGCGCGGAGAGGCUCCGCCAACGGGGACCGCAACAUCCUCCGCCGCCCCCUUUUCCAAGUUUCAGCCAGGGUUUGGGUUCGCGGGUCGCGGGCGCGGAGCCCCCGACGGUGCAGGGGCAGGCGCAGGCUCUUCCGCGUUGGUCGCUGGCGGAGGCGGCGGAGGUUUUGCUCGGGGUCGCGGAUUCGGCGGGGGGGCAGGAGGAAGCUGGGAUGUUCCGGGGGGGUCCAGGCCGCAGCAUAUCGGCGCUCCUCCCCCGGAGUCUGGCGGAGCGGGCGCUCCGCCAUCCGCGGAGACGUUCAGGUACCCGCGCGCGCGGCUGCUGGAGAUCUAUCAUGCGCACAAACGCGCGCCGGAGUUCAGCGCGGCAAUUCCGGGGGAGUGGUCUGAGGCGCCCGCGCUUCUGGGAUCGGAGCCGCUGGUGCCCAUGGCGCUGGUGGAAGCGAGCGCGGAGGAAGAGGUGAGCGCACGCCGUAGACUGGCGGUGAUGGCGGCGAUUGAGAGCGGGGAGAUCGUGGGCAGUGGCGUGGCGGUGAUGGCGGCGAUUGAGAGCGGGGAGAUCGUGGGCAGCGGCGUGGUGCAUGCAUCCAGGGACAAGGACGCGCUGCCGCGAGAUAAACCUGCACAAGAAGGCGACAAACGCCCUCCCACGCAUGCACCUGGCACAGCAGCAGCCACCCACCCAACCGACCACCCCACCCAAUCUUCCCCAGCUUCACCUCCCCCAGGCUCCACCUCCCUCUCUCCCUCAGCCAAACCCACCACCACAACCCCGUCCGUCCCACCUGAAAAGCUCCUGCUACAGUACCGCGACCCUCAGGGGGAAGUUCAGGGGCCGUUCCCAGGAGAGGACAUCAUGGGGUGGUACGAGGCGGGGUUUUUUGGACUGGAGCUGCCGGUGAGGCCGGUGGAUCCGGGGACGGGGGAGGCGCCGCCUGGGGUGCAGUUUUUGCCACUGGGGGAUGUUAUGCCGCAUCUGAAGCCCUCUGCUAAGGUUCCUCCUGGCUUUGCCGCUGCUGCUGGCGCUGCUGGUGCUGGUUCUGCUAGUGGUGGUGCUGGUGGGGGUGCUGCUACUGCUGCUGCUGCUGCUGGUGCGGCUGCUGCAGGGGCUGCAGCAGCAACUGACGCCACUCGCGCUGCUGCCGCCGCUCCUGCCGCUGCUCCUACCGAGCCUGGCGCUACUGCGGCUGGUGCUGCUACGGGUGCUGCUGCUGCUGCCAGUGGUGCGAUGGCGGGUGCUGCAGGGGUCAUUCUGGGGGCUAUUCACGCUGGCAGAGGCGUGGACGAGCCAGGCGCCCUUUACCAAGCCUCCUGGCCAGCUCCGGGCUCGGAGGAGCUUCGGCCCGAGCCGGGGUUGCAUGGGGCGGGAGCGGGUGUGGCUGGAGCGGUGGGCGCUGGAGCGGCAUCAAGCCGUGGGCGCUGGAGCGGCGUCACGGUCGUUUUCAAGUCUCGAUGCGCUGGCUCAGCACACCUCCAUCACCCCCUGCACCCGCUUCUGCACCCUGCUGCCGCCGCUACUGGGCUAGGCCCAGCCACGCUCUACCCAGGAGCCGGGGGUCCGAUUAUAGGGCAGGAUGAGUUAAGUCUACGAAUGGUAGAGGCGCUGGUCCAUGCCGGUAUUCCCAAGGAUGCUCCGUUAGAGCAGCUGCUGCAGCACCCGCCUAUAACGGAUCUGCUUAUGCGCGUACAGCAGGAGGUGGUGCAGCAGAGGGAGCAGCGGGAGGCGCAGCUGAGGGGGGUGCAACUGAGGGAGGCGCAGAUGCGAGAAGCGCAGUUGAGGGAGGUACAACUGAGGGAGGUUCAGAUGCGGCUGCAGCAGUCUCUGGCACUGGAUACAGGUGCUUCUGGGGGAGGGUUGCCUGGGGGAGUGGGAGUGGCGGGUGCGGCUGGCUUGCCACACGUGUUGGCGAAAGAGGGCGGGUUACCAGAGGUUGUAACGGAGGAAAUGGCGUUACAGAUGCACCUGUCGUCGCUGCUUAUGUCAGGGAGGCCGGUGGAUGCUCAGGGAACGCAGCAGAUUCAGCAGCAGUUGCAGCAGGCGCGAUUCUUGCAGGGGCCCAUUCCGGGGUCUGUCCCGCCCCCGUGGUUGCAGCAGCACCCCUCGCUGCCGCCCCCCCCUUUUGGCCAGCCGCUCUUGCCGCCGUUCCCAGGCGCCCCGAUUCCUCCCCAGCAGCCUGGGCAGCCGGGGCAGCAGGGGCAGCAGGGGCAGCAGCAGGAGCAGCAGGGGCAGGGACAGCAGGGGCAGCAGCCUUUGCAGCAGCAGUUGCCGCAGAUCCCCCUUGAGGGCGGUAGCUAUGCUGCUGUGCAGUCCACCCAGGCCCCUCAGGCUGUAGCUCAGGUACUGGAAGGGUCGGUGGGGGCAGAGCAACAGGGUAAGGGGGAGGAUUUGGCUGGACAGCAGCAGCAGCAGCAGCAGCAGCAGCAGCAGCAGCAGCAGCAGCAGCAGCAGCAGCAGCAGCAGCAGCAGCAGAAAGUGGGAGGGGAAGGGGAUGGACAGGCGUUGAAGGGCUUGGCAGAUCAGGGGGAUGGGGCAGGGAAGGGAGAUGAGGUGGCGGCUGCUGGGGAUGCAGAUGCGGAGGUAGGGCAGGGAGAGGCUAUGGGCGUUGGUGCUAAAGGCAAGAAGGAGGAGGCUGUUAACGAGGAUAAGACAGCCCCCACUGUCCCCGCAAAGUCCCUUGCACAGAUUCUAGAGGAAGAAGCAGCAGAAGCAGAGAGGCAGAGGGAGGAGCAAGAGCGACGAAUCCAGGCAGCCAUUGCAGCAGGAGAGGUGAUCGGCUCUGGGGGGUUUGGCAGCAGCAGUGGGGGAGUAGGAGGGGGAGGAGGGGCCACAGUCUGGGGCAACGCUGGGUCCGCUGUUGCUAUGUCUCGGAAAAAAUCCCUUAAGGAGAUUCUUGAAGAGGAGGCUGCUGCGGCAGCGGCAGCGGCAGCUGCAGAGACCUCAGCAGCUAGGAGCGCGGUUACCGCUAGUGCAGUUCUUUUCCCCCAGCCUCCUUCUUUGGAGCCGAGAACCGGGGCUAGUUUGUUUGAUCCCCUCAGCAGCAGGGGGUAUUCUAGUCCGGGUGGGGCAGGGGUUGCUGCAGGCGGGGUUGGGAGCGGUUCAGGGCGGUUGGGAGGAGGAGCAGCAGGAGCAGGCUCAGAUGUUUCAGGUGGUUUGUCAGGUGGUUUGCGUGACCCGUUGGCAGAGGAGAUUCUUGGAUCCGCUUCCUCUAUGCUUGAUGAUGCAAGGGUAGAUCUGACAAAGAGCGAGUCCGGCUCGUCUGCUGCUGCUGCUGCUGCUGCUGCGGCGGCAGCGGCGGCUGCUGCGGAAGUGGACGAUUCAGAGUUUGUGGAGCCGAAGGAAUCGAGGAAGAACAAGAAGAAGGGCUCCAAAGGGAAGGGCGGUAAAUCGCCUCCCUCGUCCUCCUCUGCUGCCUCUGCUGCCGCCACUGAAGGCUGA